AUGGAGAGUGUGGAGGCAGAGGGGUCAAUGGAGGAAUUUACAAUAGCUGAGAAUAAAGUAAGUGCUGAUAAUGCAGCUGAGCCUGAAGAUGACCUACGAGAUGAGUCUGGAGAGGAAAGAGAUGCGGUGACAUCCAAAGACAGGGAUAAAGAGAAAACAAAGCCCAGGUUCUUACGUAGCACCUACCAGGUGGCUCCUCUCCCUGAGUACCCUCUGAAAAGGAGCUUCAACACUGGAAUAAAUAUUCUAUCAUUUACUGAGCACAAUCUGGAUGACUUAAGCAACAGAGAUGUGAGCUGCUCCGACAUGCUGAAAGCCGAACACUGUCUGCUUCCCCACGCUGCCAACAAGGACACAUUUUCCCACCAAAGGAAGCCGAUAGCUCACUCAUGCAGUCUUGGGGACAAACUGACCAGGAGUGCCACUUUCCACGCUUUAACCCAGACCACAGACCAGCAGGAAGAGGAGGGGUCACCACGACAACGUCGCAAAACCGUUGCAUCAUAUAUGCCUCAGUCGAAGGAUCAGAAUGGAAACUUUUCUGAGAAGGACGUGGACAGGCAAGUGGCCAAAUGCCUUGGGGAGCUCAACAAUGAUGAAGUCUGCCAGUGGUUUACCAAUAUUGGACUGCAUAAAUGUCUCCCUUUCAUCAGAGAAGCCAAACUGCGUGGCGCAGACAUAGCUUCGGUGGAUGUGAACACUCUAGACAUCCUCCAUAUCGCCACACUGGAAGAAAGGGAGCUGUUACUAUCGGCCAUUUACAAUGAGCUGCACCCUCCCAGCGCCAUCACCCAGAGAAUCGACUCUCUGCUCGAGUCCUUAGGUCCCAAUAAUGUUGAGACUUUAACUGCAACAUUAGUGUCAAUGAGCAAAUCUAAGUCCUCUCCUCAUGUGAGCUGCCUCAGCAUGAAUCGGCGUUCCCUCAAACUCAGAAACAACAGCCCAAACUACACAGCACAGAGGAAUUAUCAACUGAUAGAGAUUACUAUUAAUGCAUCGGAGCGGAUAGUUCAUCUCAGGACCCCAAAGGAAACGACAUUGGGAAAAAUCAUGGAUUCAUGCAUCAAAAUGUUGGGAGUGACAGAAGACAAGAGCCUCUUUAUACUGAAAGAAAAGCAAGAUUCAUCAGAGGAGCUUCCACCAGAUCAGCAGAUUGGGAGUCUACUGACAUCGACAUCGGAGAACAGACAGUUGGAGCUGCACUUGUGUAAAACAGAGAAGUCACCAACUACUGUUUCACAAAAUAAUCCAGAAGUCAAAAGCUCUAACGAGAACGGCAACGUCAACAAAAAUAUCCAGGUGACCCAGCCAGCUAAAGAAGAGAGGAUCAGGGAGCUAAACCAACAGGUGGACUCUCUACAGAAUGUCAUCCUUCAGGUCCAGGAGCUCCACCACGGCCUGGUAGCAUUUUGCUCCGAGAUCAAGAACAUGGACGGAGAUGUGGACGUAGACAGACUUGGCCCUGCUGAGCUGAAGCAGAAGCUGGAGUUGGUUAAAAGCCGACUGAACGACAAGAGGCAGAGCCUGCAGACCCUCAGAGACAACAUUAACAACUCCGCUGCUCACAAGAAAAAGCAGUUGGACGUUCGUCUCUUGGAGAAGAUGAAGCUGAACUGCCAAGUGUUUAAGGAGGAAAUUUCCAUGGUACAUCUCAACCGGCAGGUGGCUCACCUCCAAAAUGCUUUGCAAGAAAGCUACGUUAAGGAGAAAGCUCGGAAAAACAGUUUGGCCAUUGGUAGCCUGAGCCAGCUGGUGUCACCGCAGUCUCCUGCCAUGCUGCUGGUUGUACAGGAGAACCCCAACCGCGAUGGUCAUUAUGGCUUUACGUGUCGCUACAGAGAAGGCAGCGGACUAGUGGUGGUCUCAGUGGAAGACUCUCACCUCUGUGUGGAUGACAGGCUGGUGGAGGUGAAUGGUGUACCAGUGGUCAACUCUACACAGGAAGAGCUAACUGACAUCCUGCUGCAGGGACCCAGUGCUAAAAUUGUUGUCCUUCGCCAGCCUCCGCCCACCCCCACCUACCAGCAGUACCCUCUGCUCCUGGAGCACAUGGUCAGCCCUGACCCCAUGCAAGCAAUCAUCCCAAGAAAGGAUCUGGUCACCAUGGAAACCCCUCCACAACGGAAGGUGAUGGCCAUCUGAUGAUACCAUGGAAAGAAAGGGGGACUAUAGAGACUGAGAGAAACAGUGGUGAUGAGGUUGGAGCAAAGUGUUGAAGCUCUCUGUCUGCAUAAUGUGAUAGCUGUGUCAUCCUUUGUUAGUUAUUUACCUCCAUAUGUGAACGUGUUUAUUGUAUGGAUAAAAUGUUCUGUAGAGAGCCAAAAGCCUUUUAGUUGGGGACAUAUGUCUGUUUUUGUUUUUAUUGGACUUUUUCUCCUUUAAAAAGACAGUGCACCCAAAAAUUUAAAAAAAUA